GAGAGCCUUAUUCUGUGUUUUGGGUAAAGGUGAAACCAAUAAAUUAAGACAUUAAAUGAAUAAUUAAGGGCACUUAAGACAAUAAUUAACCCAGAAGGAGAAGCUGGUGUGGUGGUGGUUCUCAUGGCGAUGUUGAUUUCCCAGGACAGGUAAAAGAGACGGAGACGAACCAAAAGAAAGAAGAUCUUACAUACGAAGACCACUCUGUGAUUCACUGUGAGAGAAACAAUCGGGUUUACUUUGGUUCUGUUUCGGACAAGGAGACAUGCAAAAAUAAAUCUCUGUCCCUAGUUCUUCUUCUUCUUCGUUGCUUCAUCGAUUACUCAAAGGUUGCUGAUUGUGAGAAUUAGCUUGUUAAGGAAGAGGUUCUGAUGCAUCAAAUGAUGAAUAAGAAAGAUUCAGCUACUCAUUCCACUUUGCCAUACCUUAAUACUAGCAUCUCAUGGGGAGUGGUUCCAACUGAUUCCAUUGUUAAUCGUCGCGUUACUACUACUGAAUCAUCACUAAGCUUGAAGAUGGAUGCAAGGCCUGAACUUUUACAAACCACUAAGCAAAUCAGUUUUCAGGACCAGGAUUCAUCUUCAACGCAGUCCACUGGCCAAUCUUAUACUGAAGUUGCUACUAGUGAAGAUGAUAAUCCUUCCAGGCAAAUCUCGUUUUCUGCUAAAUCAGGAUCUGAAGCAACUCAACGGAAGGGGUUUGCAAGUAAUCCUAAACCAGGCUUGAUGACAGGAUUUCCGAAUAUUCACUUUGCUCCUGCACAGGCUAAUUUCUCAUUUCACUAUGCUGAUCCACAUUAUGGUGGUUUAUUAGCUGCUACUUACCUACCACAGGCACCGACAUGCAAUCCUCAAAUGGUGAGUAUGAUUCCUGGUCGUGUUCCUUUACCAGCGGAGCUCACUGAAACUGAGCCAGUCUUUGUCAAUGCAAAGCAAUACCACGCAAUUAUGAGGAGGAGACAGCAACGUGCUAAGCUCGAGGCUCAAAACAAACUAAUCAGAGCCCGUAAACCGUAUCUUCAUGAAUCUCGACAUGUUCAUGCUCUUAAAAGGCCAAGAGGAUCCGGUGGAAGAUUCCUAAACACCAAAAAACUUCUUCAAGAAGCCGAACAAGCUGCUAGAGAACAAGAAAAUGACAAGUCGGACCAACAGGAAAACAGAAAGACAAACAUGUCUAGAUUCGAAGCUCAUAUGCUGCACAGCAAAGACCUUGGUUCAACCACUUCUGGCUCUGACAUCACCUCUAUUUCCGACGGUGCAGAUCUCUUUGGACACACUGAAUUCCAGUUUUCAGGUUUCUCAACUCAGACAAACCGAGCCAUGCUUGUUCAUGGUCAGUCUAAUGACAUGCAUGGAGGUGGAGACAUGCACCAUUUCUCUGUCCAUAUCUGAGACAUUGUAUCUUGGUGCUGUGUUCAUGUUCCCACCAAAAGGGGAAGUCAUCCUUGGCUACUACUAGUUCUUUCGAUUGUUGUAACUUAGUGUUUUUAUUCCACAUUAUGUCUGUGUUAGACAUCACAAGAACGACCAAGAUCUUCAUUUCGAACACUCUAUCGCAUUUUUAUCUUCUGUGACCAUGUAUCUCUUGUGUAAACUAGUAAUAUGAUUGCUUUAAUAAACUUUCAAUUCCUCUUUC